AAAUGAAGCAGCGUUGCGUUGCAAGUCGAUGAAUAUGACGCUCUUGACCGUCGCUUCCUUCGAGGAAAUGGACUGUCUCGCCGCUGUCAAAGUUGGAACCUUCUGGACAAGUGGUUCAAACGAAGAUCUGAAUUGUGACUCGGAAAAGAAGUACGCUUGGUGCUCCACGGGAUUCAACGUUUCAACGACUCUGAUUUCUUCUAUAAAUUAUUGGCUUCCAACCACGGCUGCUCCUUCCACUUUGGAACGAUGUCUGGCCGUUGUCACGUCAAACACAGCUCAGAAUAUGGGGAUGGUGCACAGAAAAUGCGAUGACACCCUGAACUACGUCUGCCAGUUUGCGGUUGACUGUCCUAAAAUCUGCAACAAAAACAUGACCUGGUUGGAUAGCUACCUUCACUGCUGCGCUUUGGGCAUGGAAGCAUUGAAUUUAGACAAUCUGGCAGAGCAAAAUGGCCUUACAAACAUGACCGUAGUUUUCAAAGGAAAAUGGAAGAUGAACUUUAACUACUGGACGUCAGGUACGUGGAAAGGUGCUCCUGUCGGUCAGUGGGCGUGGUGCGAACCAACGGGGCCAACGGUUUUAGCUCCGAACCUCAAAUGGGAAGCAAACCAGCCGGACAACUUCAAAGGGAACGAGAGCUGCGUCCACUUUCGCUUCGUCCUGAACGCUACAGGCACCAUUAUGACCGACAGGACUUGCGAGCAUAAAUACAUUUUCGCGUGCAAGACGCCACUAAGAACAACGCCAAAGCCUUGCGUUGUUUCAUGUCCUACGGGACUUUGCGAGCGGAACAUGACCUAUUUUGACAAAAGCACCGGCUAUCUCAAAGCCUACUUCGCCUACGGUGAUUGGUAUGAUGCAUGCGGCCGCAACUUUUUGGUCUAUAAAUCUAAUUUGUCAAACUGGCAAACUGCCUGGCAGCAAUGUUGCGACAUCGGCCUGACCCUUGCUUCGAUGGAGUCAAAGGGAAAAUCGGAAUGCUUCUCCAAAGUUGCUUCUAAGUAUGCACCGGAAACUUUCGGCGACUUCUGGUUGUCCGGGACGGACCUUGGUUGCCCUUCCAACUUCCGGUGGUGUCUCCUGAACAGGGAUUUUAUCGAACCUGAGAUUAAAUGGAAGGAUGGACACCCGAAACCAGACCUGGACUGCGUCUACCUCGAAGUGAGAAACGGAUCUGAGCUCCUGGCCACCGCGGAUUGUGGUGAAAAGAAAAAUUUCCUUUGUGAGAUUCGAAAAAGGGGCACUUCCCAAAGAGCAAUGCAGACCGAAUGUGCAGAUAUCUGGAAUUUGGUUUUUGAUUAAAAAAAUUAUAAAAGAUGUAGCUAAUUAAUUAUUUCUUUAGCUGAUAUUGACCUGCUGCUCAACACAGUUAUGUUUCUCACGGCAAACGUUUCUCUAAACCUGAAGUGCUUCUUGAAAUGCGUUGGAGUUGAAGUUGGAUUGUUUGAUCUUGGUGCACUGAAAAACAUAGAAAUGUUGCGGCAAUUAGAGAACGUGACCAUGGAGGAUCCUGUGAAAAUGCAACAGGGAUUUGUUGCCUAUGACGAAUGCAGCGACAAAAAAUAUGACGACGAGUGUGUAACUGCGUACGAAACCUACAAAUGCGGCCAGCAGAAAGCACCAGAUCUUGUCUCGAAAUUGGUCACUCAAAAUUUCGACAAUGGAUCCGUGAAUGCGGCUGACGCUUACAGGCGCUGCUGUGAACUGGGAUUGGCGCUCUUGGAGCCAACGACUGCGGCCGAAAUUCAAAUUAUCCAAACCUUGUCAAUGAAUAGCUUGGGCCACGUGCUUGCCGGUGAAACGGAGUCGAUCAACCAGACGCACGAGGUGUACUGUCGCAGCCGAACGGUGAUUCCAGAGAGCCUUUACGAUCCGGUUUAUGAUAGGUAUGAUUGUUAUCGUGACGCGGUCGUCGGCUAUGCCACGAGUGCCAAGCAGAUCGUCGUCAAAAGGAACAGUCAAUUUAACAUAAUCGACAUGUACCUCAACCCGGGAAAGUACGCAAACUCAGCGAACGGGUUUCAUGGCUACAUAUGUGUGAAACCUUAA